AUGAUCCUACAUGUAUUUCGGCGGGUGUCCUUUCGGCCGUCUUCGUACUUCCUGCUACCUUUGCGUGGAGUGCCUUCGCCCGCUGCCAGUUAUGUUAGGGGCAUCCUAGGAUCACCCGGAAUGGCUCCGCAGAAGCCCCCAAAUGUGCUUAUUUUCACUGAUGAGGAUGUGGGAUCAGACCAGCCUCGUUUUCAAGCUGUGAAGGAAACUUUGAGCAUGUGUCUCAGCCCGGAUAACUACGCCGUUUACCCCCUGUCGGAGAGCCAGGUCAAAAGUACUCCUUGGUUGACCAACACCAAGCUCCUUAUUGUUGCUUGCAGUGAACUAAGCAGCACAACCAGCCGCAUCUUUAGAGAAUAUUUUCUACGGGGAGGGAAUCUUCUUGUCAUGGCUGCAAAAUUAGACUUGCCUGGAGUUCGACCGAUGGAACACAUAUCAAGGCGUCAAGAUAUUGUUGAAGUAACAUAUGACAAAGCAGAAGACGUUGCAGUCUUAAAAGGUGACGUUGUCUACCAGUUUGACCCAGGUACAAGAGUUAAAACUUUGGCGUGCGAUAAGGAUGGUGCUGGCAUCCUCUUUGAGCUUAGAGGGUGCGGCAGCAAUGGAUUAGCACUUCUAUCACAGAUUCAUUUGGAGUUUGACCCUGUGUUCUUCAGUACGUCCGAGGAUGUGUUUGCAAAACUCAAGAAAGCAAAUGAGAACAGGAUAUCAUUGUUGAGAAACAUUCUUUCCACACACUUUCACUUGAACUGCAGUAUCAGCGUCUCCCACAAGUUGUCUUCGGGAAAUGUGUUUGCUGCAGACAAGACGGUGCUUUUGGAUUUUUUGUCUAGACCACAAACUGCAUCUGGUUCACUUGUGGAUAGUGGAAUCACAUUUCACUAUCUCACAGCAGACAAUGCUAUGUCCAUGACGCCUACAAUAGACUGCCUGCCUGUGAUUAUUCCGUCUAGUGAUGCAUUCUUCAGCAGCCCUUCUUUCAACAGUGCAAUCUACUUUACUGCAUUGAAGACACACAGCUUGGGCAGGCUAGCCCUUUUUGUUGAGAAUGUAACCACCACCAUGGCAGCUAUAAAAGCUUUACAAUCUAUUCAUGGAUCCAUUGCUAUUGCCACUCGUCAGCUAAAUGGAGUAGGUCGAGGAGGCAAUGCCUGGCUUGGCCCUGCUGGGUGUGCCAUGUUCACUGUGUGCCUGCAAUUACCACUUCAUUCACCACUGGGACAGAGAAGCCCUUUUGUCCAACACCUUGCUGCCCUGGCUAUGGCCAAAGCAGUCCGUACCACACCGGGCUAUGAGAUGGUAAAUAUCAGAGUGAAGUGGCCCAACGACAUUUAUUAUGGAUCCCAUGUGAAAGUAGGAGGUGUCUUGGUCUCAUCAACUGUUAGCAGGGAUGCCAUUACUUGCUUUAUAGGUUGUGGCAUGAAUGUUUCAAACAGCCAACCAACUUUAUGCAUCAAUGACAUUGCAAAAGUAGUGUCUUGUAAAUUUAAUGUGCAGCAGAAUGUUUGUCCUCUGACACCUGAAGAAGUCAUUGCUAAGGUAUUAAAUGAAAUUGAGUUUUUGGUGGCUACAUUCCAAAGUGGUGGGAGCAAGAUGGUAUUACAAGAGUACUACAAGUACUGGCUGCAUGGUGGCCAGGAAGUCACUCUGCAAGAUUUCGGAUGCAAAGCGCUGAUCAAAGGAUUGGAUGAAUACGGCUACUUGUUGGCGGAGUGCUCAGGCAAGCUGUACAAAUUGCAACCGGAUGGAAACAGCUUUGACCUUAUGAACAACCUUAUUGUUACAAAAGCAUAGCUUUUAUCUGGGUUCUAAAAUUUCUAACAUAUGAACCUUAAUGUAACGAAGUACCACCUGCAGUUCAGAAUCUUGCAAAUUGUGAACUGAUGCUUUUUAAUGCAAUAAUGUUUGCACAACUGUACUAUGUACUGGUGACUAAUUAUGUGGUGAAUGAAUACUGCACAUAAGAGAAAUAUAAGCAAUAAUGACGGAACCUAAGGGCUCGAAUGAUUAGGUUGUAUAUAAAUGCAGGAGCUAUAGCUGCUGAAGCUUGGUUUGGAGGAGUGAAACACAGUGUCACUACAGUGUAAGCCUGUGGCUGCCAAAAUUUUUAGUAUAGCACAGCGUAAAGAUUCAGCUGAAUAUUUACAAUCGGAACCAUUUGUACACAACCACUCAGUGAGAACGCUAAGGUACACCAUGUUUAUGUGAGCAGUCAAGGCAUUGAGCAUGAUCCCAAAAGCAGCAUGUCAUCAAGUGAACUCAGCAGAUUGCAUGACCUCUGUUCUGAUAAAAUGAACUUCAUUGCUAAAAAUUUUCUCUCGGAACUGACUUGUGUGGUCUGUACAACAAGGGCUAUUUGUGCAAAAGUGUAAAGUUCUAGUUGCCAAUCCUUAUGUCCAUGAUCUUUCACUCUGGAUUUGAUACGCUGCCUAGGAAAAUUUCUGCUAGUGCUCUGAAUGGCACACUUGAAAUAGCUAUGGUAGUGGCAUCGACCAACCGGCUGUCACUUGCACUAUGCCUGCACUGUAUAUGAGCAUGCACUAGCAUUGCCUAAAAUUCGAAUUGUUUUGGGGGGGGAAAAAUUAACAAAAUUGGGGAUAAGUGACAUUAUAUUGUCAUAAAAAGCAGAAUCAUUGCUAGAAAAACACCGUGUCAGUGAUAGCAGAUAUUCGGCAAGAACUGGCAGUGCUGGUCAGAUAGCUUGUGAAGCCAGAGUACACAUAUUAAUCAUGGCUAAAACUAUUUUGAAAAUCCAGCAUGGCUUGUUGCUAUGAUGUGCACUUAUAAUCACCUAUAAAUGCUUGGGACUUUCCGAGGAGGAAACACAUGCAAAUGUGCCAAUAAUCCUCUCUGAAAAAAUGCAGUACAGAAUUUCAUAAUUUUGCAGUGAACAGUGGUAUGAAGGUAACAACCACAAUAAAAAGGGUUUUUAUUUUCAUUUAUUUAUUGCAUACAACACCUGUAUAAAUCAUCGGGUGACUCCUGCAUUUUAGAAGUUUUUUCAUCCCUGUAUACCUUCUUGUAGUGCAGGGUAACAACAUGUACAUGAAUCCAAUUUACCUUUCAUUUACCCUUUCUUCUGCUCACCUCUCUAACUGUUGAAUUCUUGGUAAUUUCAUGGUCUGGCAUGCUCUUUGUGUAGCUGCAGUUCUAAAGAACUACAGCCGUUCUGCUGCUGGUUGCUGCAGGGCUGGCCAUACUACAGCACGUACAAAGACCAUAAUACUCGGCCGCACUUGUGUUCUCAUGCUUCACAUAUAUUAAAUCAUCAUUUAUCUUUACAUGCUUUUUCAGUAGAGCUUAUUCUUCUGUACAAUGAAGUAAGCGAGCGGCAGCAAAUGAUUGAAUAUUCCUUUGAGAUACGAAAAGGGCAGUCAAAAAUGCUUCCAGGGGUGUUCCAUACUUCUUCAAGGUUGUGCCAGGGUUCCCUCCAAUAAUAUUUGCAGGAAACUGAUUCUAACCACUCAGUCUUCACAACUCUAUUUGUAUGAUGUUCCUUCAGUGGAUAAUUAAUUUAGAGGAGUUCACCCACGGGAAUACAGUAAAAACAUGAAAAUAAGGCCCCUGUGGCUGAAGCACAAUGUGGUUUCCAAUCAUUGUAAUUCUGAUGUUUACAGAGAGAGAGCAUUCGACAGCAUCUUCUUUCCAUCCAGUUGUUACAGGAGACAUUGAAUACAAUGAGAGGUUAUAUGCCGGCUUGAUUGUGGCUGUGAAGUUGCUCUUCAACAGGAGGAGCACCAUCACAAAUGCAAGAUCUUGUAUGUGUGAUCGUGGGUCUUCGAACAAUUAUGAAACUUGACUUCACACCCAUUGCACACAUAACGUACUUUCGCAUUCCGAUUUGCACAAAAAUACCUUGUCCUAGUUUUGCAACCACUGAAUAUCCUUAGGGUGUGUUCAUAAAUUUUGUUUUGUUUUUCUGCUAACAAUGCCUGGUGCAUUUUUGAUGACUACUUUUGUUCACCUACAAGUGUACUUGUCUCUGUAUGAGUGGGAAUGCAACCUUAUUUUAGUGGCCUCCUGUGCUUUAACCUGUGCUUUCAGUAGUGCACAGACACUUGUCACAAUGUUUUUUCUGAUAACAAUACUUUAGCAACUAUGCAGGUUCCAUUCAGCUCAUGCAUACAAAAGAGAAAGCCCAAUCUUAAUAGAAACAGAGCAGCCUAUUACAGGCCCAGUUUUGUUUUUGUAUAGCUAAUAUACCAAGCAUCAAGCAUUGCCUGCUAAGACCAUGUUGGCUUAGGCAGGCAUGUUUCAUUGAUGCAUUUGACUCCUAAUUUAUGAGUGAAUAACCAAGAAAACCACCUGUUUCCUCUGAUUUCUUGUGGAAACUGCCAGUAUGAACGCAAGAUGUGCAGUCCAUGUUCAAUCAAAAGGCUAAUGCAGAUUUACUCUGCUGAAUUCAGAAAUAGAAUGUGCGAUUGUUAGGGUUUGAUGUACUACAAUUUCGUUGCAUUGAGGUUCAUUAUGCUGAUGUUUGAGUCGGGUCUUUAUUUUCUUGUCACCAAAGAUGCAUUAUGUACAGAUUUAUGCACUUUUUAAAAUUUUUUGUGAGAUACGGCAGAGAUAACGAUUGAAGAGAUUGCAUUCCGUAAUUUGUACGCACAAAGAACUUGUUCUAGAAGCCAUGUUCAAUAUUUAUAGUCAUGACGCCUUUCACAGAUAGUUGUUAGCAUGAGUUGACAUACGUAGUGGUCUGUAGUGCAUUUAUUUGUUCAUCAGAAGUAUGCCAUUGUUGACCUCCUUUUCUUUUUGUGUGUGGUAGUUUUAUUUCACGGCUGCUUUCUGGACCAAAUGUCUGAAUUUUUUUUUCAUGUCUUCACUUGUUUGAUCUUUGUGGCCUCUGACAGAGGUGUUAAUGUGUUGUGGAACUUUGUUAUUAGUUGUACUGUUCCUGGGAUAUUUUUAUUUUUUGAAGAGCUUCCUGCAGCAUUUUUCUUCUAUAUUCAGGCAAACGUUUUAUUUCAAAGCACAUAUUGAAUACUCUACAUUGUGGCUCAGCCUAUGUUAGUCAAUCCUGAUUUCUGGGCUGCAGUUUUAAAAGUGGUUUUAACCUUUUGGGGCCUGCCUUGUGGCAUUUUCGUGGUUUUUACCUUGUGAAUAUUUGUUAGCCAUUGUGAUAUUUGUUUUAAAUAAACAGUAUUUUUAAACAAUG